GCUGCACUUGCAUGCCCGAGAGGCGUUUCAAAGAUGGCCGCCGAGUGAAAUGACUUGUCUUAAAGGGACUUUGGUGUAAUUAGUAGCCUACAGUAAUCUAAUUACACUGUUGAAUAUGUAAUUAGUAGCUACAUUCUAAAAUUGGGUGGGUUAUUUUUUACCCAGACUACUGGGUUCUGCCUGUUGGGUCAUUUAGUAACUUGAAAUUUAAAACUGGAUUGGUCUGUCAACGGUCAUUUUGUCCUGAAAGAAAACGUCCCGAGUUCAGUUAAACUUUUAUGAAGAGACACGAUCGCUUUAUAUGAUUAUAUGAUAUUCUCAAGCGAGGUGGCAUUGCAAGUUUUUAACUAUAUAAGAACUAUUUUAUUAAUUAAUCAGGCGUUAUAGCACUGUUACUUGCUACAAUGACAUUUUCCUUGACAGUGCCAUUGAAUCAUGAUGCCCUUUUGUGAAUAAAUCAUUCUUUUGAGUCGGUUCUUUUUUUAAUGAAUAGGUAAACACGUUUCGCGAAUCAGUUUAAAUCAUCCACAAGCUGAAUCGUUUGACUCGGUGUUUCGGUAAAAUAGUAACAAGAACACAGAAAACAAACAGAGCGCUGAAUAAACUGGAUAUUUACCUACUACAAUGAUAUCAAACCAGCAAAUACAUCGUAUCUACCGUCAAUGACGAAGAAGAGCAUUAAUUCAACUCCCUGUGAAGCUUGCGAACGACUCUGUACUACAGAGAAAACGUCCUGAUGUGAUCUUCGUGAAUAACUUUAAGGUUAGCUUCGCUUGCACUGCAGACCGAGCGAGAGAGACGCGACGCGGCCAUAUUGAAGUAUCUCCCGUUAAGCAUAAAUAAGCAUUUAUGAGAAUCAACUUGAAUGAAGACAAAAGCCCCUUUCACACAUACAGUCUUUACUGGUAUAGUACAGAAUGAAGAUUACCACUACAAAGUCAGAACGCGUUGACGUAAGAAGUCUGAUUUGGGCCAAUCAAAGUUCUUAUGGAGAUGACGUGAUUACUCAGCGCUGUUUACAGUCUGCCUGGUGUCUAUCUGAGUGUAAUCAUGGAGGGAAGUGUGGCCGUGGAGUGUGAUGGGCUGAUAGAGUCGGAAUUAAAAAAAGAGGAUGUAAGGCGUCAUGGAGCGACACUGAUGCACUUGACAGGAGGGUGAAGAGGUGAGGUCACACGAGGAGAGACAUUUUCUCAAGAAAAGAUGAUGUCACUGUGGCUUCCCUUAGACCUUGGACAAAUGAUGUGGGUCUCUGUUUGGCGUUCCUCCUCUUUCCCACCUCCUUUCUCUCUCUCACUCUCUCUCCCCCAGUGUCUCCAUCUCAUACUCCACUGCUCUCUUCAUCAACGGAGGGACAGCAGCUGAGGAAACUUGAUAGCACUCCAUCCCCUUCUCUUCUCCUCUUCCCUUUUUCUUAAUCUCCCUCUUCUUCUCUCUAUCCCUCUCUCAUUCUCCAGUAGCGAUGUAGUCCUCCUUCAAACUUUAACAGCUGUUUGGCAGUGAAGCCUUGACUGACAUCCAUCUCUCCUGGACCUCUAUGGAUUCGUUCCCUGCUUCUUUUUGAGAUCUUUCCAGAGUCGCCUCUCUUCAUUCAUCUUGUGUUUACCUUGUCGCUUUGGUGUGUUUGGAUCAUGGCCAUGAAGGAAACUAUACUCCCUAUCAGCGAGGUGUCAAGUCCGUACCCGGAGGUCGUGGAACUCAAUGUGGGCGGACAGGUGUAUGUCACCAAGCGCUCCACUCUGGUCAGCGUACCUGACACCACCCUUCACACCAUGUUCACAAGAUGCAACCCGCACGAGUUGCCCCGCGACAGCCGAGGACGCUUCUUCAUCGACCGCGAUGGCUUCUUGUUCCGUUAUGUGCUGGACUUCCUACGGGACCGCCAGCUCGUGCUACCCGAACACUUCCCAGAGCGGGAGCGUCUUCAGCGCGAGGCCGAGCACUUCCAGUUAGGGGAACUUCUGAGACUUCUAGGCCCGCGUGUAGCCAAGCAAGGCUCGCUCAACGACGAAGGCUGCCAGAGUGACAUAGAAGAAAGUUCACAGAGUAGCGAGUUGGUGACUCGAACUGGAAACAGUGCCACCAACUACGCAACUUCCUCUUCUGCCCUGGACAAGAGGUCAGGGUUCAUUACGAUUGGUUAUCGGGGAUCCUACACGAUGGUGAGGGAUAACCAAGCCGAUGCUAAGUUUCGGCGCGUGGCACGGAUCAUGGUCUGCGGGCGGAUCGCUCUGGCGAAGGAGGUGUUCGGGGACACUCUAAAUGAAAGUCGGGAUCCUGACCGUCCACCAGAGAAAUACACCUCACGCUUCUACCUGAAGUUCACCUACCUGGAGCAAGCAUUCGACAGGUUGAGCGAGGCUGGGUUCCAGAUGGUGGCCUGCAACUCAACCGGAACGGCUGCGUUCGUUAACCAGUACAGAGACGACAAGAUCUGGAGCAGCUAUACGGAGUACAUUUUCUUCAGACCUGCCUGCAAGUCAGCAUCCCCUAAACUGGAGCGUGAGGAGCCCAAGUCUGAGAAAAUGCUGGAUAAGGCCAGUGAGAGCGGAGCCUCGUUGAACGAGCUCUCCACAUCCAGCUCCGAGACCCACUCAGAGGCCUCGUCUCCCCAGGACGGGGGCCCCAUCCUGGUGUCUCGUGGUGAGGUCGUGGGGGGCUCCCUGGCCCCGUGUGGCGCCCUCCACUCUGUAUCUCGGCCUCCGAGCACUCUUACUCUCGGCCGACCGCCAAAGAAAGGUUCCUCCGUGCAGUGGAUGGAGCUGCCGGAUAAGAGGAGAAACAGCGAGCUGUUUCAGUCCCUCACCAGCGGAGUGGGUCCACGGGAAGGUGGGGGAAGCGGUCUAACCCGGAGGAAGACUCUGGAGAGGCCCUGUGCAGAGGAGGAAAUGAAACAGUGUAUCCGAGAUUUCCGAAAGAUCAAGAUCCCCCCGGCGUUCCCAGAGCGCAAACGGCAGUGGCAGUCAGAACUACUUCAGAAAUAUGGCCUAUAAGGAAACUCAGGACAGGGGACUGUUUUAAACUAUCCAACCUAUUCACAAUCUCACACAAUAGAUUGUCCAUCUGUCCUUAAAGGCCUUGAUUCACAGUGAGAAACCAAACAAUGAGUAUCGGAAAACAGAAAGAAGAAACUUGCCAACAAAACAUGUUCCACUUUGUUCCAUUUUUGUCCAGAUUAACAGCACCAUUCAUAUCUUUGAACUAGACCUUAAAAACCUUUUAAAAAGUGGUGAUGGAGAACUUUUUGAUGAAGAGCUAUUCCAUUUAAAUGAACCUUUUCAUUGUCCAGAAGGUCUGCAAACAGGGCUCAUAGGAUAUCUCUUUAAACUUCUACUGAACUGACCGACUAUCUUUGGUGAUCUAGCCAAAGUGGGAGUACAAAUAAAUCCUUGUGGUGUUCAAAAGAGAGAGGCUUCACUGUGCAUUAACUAGUUGUUCCGUUUGGUUCUAUACAAACAAUGCAGAUUUAAUGUAAAUGCGGUUGUCUCUACCAACCUAGUUUCAGGUGAAUUUAGAUGUAGAUGAAACGGUCUUUUAUAUACAUAUAUUAGGGCUACCAAACAAUUACAAAUUGUAAUCAAAUUACCAUAUGCUGAUUAAUUCUUCAGAUUGCAAUUACAUAUAUCAGUAUUUGCUAAGAAAAGCCCCAAAGUCUAUACUGUAGGCUGUUCACAUGGGAUGCGUUCCGUAUGCGCCAUUUUGUAUUUUUUGGUUAAUGUACGCUUGUUCUAGAUGGAUGUUUUUGGCCUUUGCAUCGUCUUAUCUGUCAUAUCUGUUUUUUCAGUAUAUCACAAAACCGCUUUAUUUGUCUUUCAUUCAGUUCCAUUCAGUUGCGCCAUCUUGAAGGCAAAAAAACAUGUCCUGUGUGAGUGGCUCUUUACUCAUUCUGUGCUGCUUGCUCUUGGGUAAGUUUGGUGAUUAAAUGUUCAUUUUUAAUAAAUUACUAAAUUGCUAAAUUACUAAAUUGACAGUCAUAAUAUAUAUAAAUAUAUUUAAAUAUUUAGAAAUAUAAUCUUAUAUUUGCUGAGAAUCAUGAAGCUAGAAUUGGAAGGUACGAUGAAUACAUUACACAUAAUCAAAGAGAAGAUACUGCAGUUUUAUUUCUGCAAUGUAAAAUAAGCACAGAUAUAUAAUAUAAUAUAAUAAAUGCAUUUUCUUCUCAUUCCACCCCUUUAAAUGACCUAAUUGUUGGGCCACUAUGAACAUCAUCUCUGCACUGGUUCUUCUGUAUGUGAAGUUUCUCAGAAUGAUGCAUAGAAAUUGUCUAUUGUCUGGGCCACUUUUGCUAUGACAUUCUGUUAUGUGCCAUUCAUAUUCUAAAGUGUUUGUGUGUGUGUGUGUGCUUCUGUACACACUCUUUUCUUUAAUGUGAAUUUCUAUAGAGCCUUUUGUGAAGGAAAUUUUAUUUGAGAUCACAAAAAAAGAAGGAAAAAAGUGUUGCAACAAAUUAUUCAUAAAAAGCCAAUUGUUGGUUCCGGGGCCAGACGAGAUGAAGAUGAACACCAGGACCCUUAACUACAGUUAUAGUCAACUUGCAUUGUAUUAUAUUACAGUGCAAGUUGACUUCCAAAGAUGUAUGUCCAUGAUCCGGCUCUCGUUGGUUCCCUUACAGUUUGCCUCAGUGCAAAACAUUAAUGGGAAAUCAUCUUUAAAGGGAUAGUUCAACCAAAAAUGAAAAUUAUUUAUGAUGAUUUACUCACCCUCAAGCCAUCCUAGGUGUAUAUGACUUUCUUCUUUCAGUCAAACAGAAUCAGAGAUAUAUUUAAAAAUAUCCUAGCUCCUCCAAGCUUUGUAAUUGUUGUCAACAUUUUGAAGCCAAAAAAGUGCAUCCAUCCAUCAUAAAAGUAAUCCAUAUGGCUACACGGGGUUUAUUAAGGCCUUCUGAAGUGAAGCGAUGGGUUUUUGUAAGAAGCAUAUCCAUAUUUAAAACGCAUCGAUUUGCGGCGGAAGAGUAACUCUGACCUGGCGCAUGACAUAGUGACGGAAGCAGAAGCACAGAGGACAGAGCAAAACAAAACACUGGUCAUGAAUUGGAAGUCUAAAACUAUCAUUUUUAAAGAGAAAUGUCAGAAGAUUUCGAUAGAAGAGGAGCUUGAGUGUGUUGCACAGCCCUAUUUGUUUGCUCCAUGAGAGGCGUCAUACAUCGCGUCAGGGGAUACUCAUUUGGCGCAAGUCAUCUUGUGCAGCAUGUGUACGGUCGUCCGCUGGAAGCUAGUUAUUUGAAUUUAUAAAGUUUUAAAUAUGAACAUUUUUCUUACAAAAAUGCACCGUUUUGCUUCUAAAGGCCUUCAUUAACCCGCUGGAGGCGUAUGGAUUAUUCUUUUUAAUGAAUGGAUGAAUUUUUUUGGGCUUCAAAAUCUGCCUCCCCCAUUCACUACCAUUAUAAAGCUUGGAAGAGCCAGGAUAUUUCUAAAUAUAUCUCUGAUUGUGUU